CAUAAUAAUUACAAUUUCUACUCUAAACCUCGAGUUACCCUUCAAGCUUUUGCUAUGUCUGUUCCACCCCGCUUUCGCACUGCAAAGAAAUUAUCGAGUACACUUCCAGCGUCCGGACGGGCACGCCCUACAUCAUCGUUGAGCCCAGGAUAUCCCCGUGUCGAUGGAGAGCAUGGAGAUGCAAUCCCCGACCCUUCGUUUAGCACCUUACCAGGGGCAUUUGUACGAGAUGAAAAUUUCCAAAUUGAAGGACACCUCAGCACUGCCAGCUCAGGUUUCCGUCCCGAGGAUAAUGACACUCAAGCUCAUCUAUCUUCCAGCAGUAGCACCAACCUCAGUAUCGAUGCCUAUCUGUCAGACCCUGAGUUUGUUCGUGGAAGGUCGGAAAAGAUUCUCCCUGUUCCAGUAACGCCCGAGCGAAAAGCAAUCUCUGAUUCUGCACUAGCUAAAGCUCAAAGUACACCGUUCAGUCAUCAUAGCAGCAGCUACAGCGCUACAGCACUUUCUAACGACAAGAAAUACAAGGUCGAGGAAGCAAAUAAAUACCUCAUGGGGGAUCUCGCUAAUGUCCGGACUCUUCCUGUCAAAGAGUGGGCAUCGCUCAGUUUGAACCUGGAUGUUGACAAGGAUACGUACGAAUUAACUGAGAACAUCAAAAAAAAAUUCCAGGAUUACUUGAAGGCAGUGAAAAACGCGAAGAAUGAAAUGGACAAGGAGCUGUAUAAGUCCCUCAUUGCGUUGCUCAAUGAAUUGAGGGGAAAUAGCGAAAACAUCGUGUUCUAUAAACAGGAUGCGAUUCCAGUGCGGGGGUCACUUGUAAAGCAAACUCCAGACAUUGGUGCAGUCUUCAAAGAGUUGGUUGAGUCCCGCGACCUACUCGCGCUGCCGCACGCUUCCGAUGAGAAGAUUUUCUGGGGGCUCAUCCAUACAUUUGUCGAAGUAAAACACGAAGACGGGAAGAUGAUUCGAGACGAUUUCGGUGCCGAUGCAAACUGGAGUACCAACAAAGAGAAAAACCCUCAGAAUUCCGAGUCCGGGAGCGGACAAAAGCGAGUACGAGAAGCAGAUUCGUUGAAUGAAACCAGUGGGCGCGCGAGGAAGGCAAUGCGAAGUAGCUCAUCUCAUCAGAUGACUACUGUGGAGGACUCCAACGUUGACGAUGUUCCACUCAAAGCGAGACCUAUGCCGCUCAGCAUGCAGCAGUACAUCGAGCAACAAGGAAAUCCCCAAGAUAUUUCGCCGGCGCCAGAUAGAAAUACACCAGAAGGGGUUAGGACGCAAACGGCCGGCUAUGCACGUGAUAUUCUUUCAAACGGUCUUCCCCGACGUCACGUGCAUAGCUUCAUCGUUGAUUCCACACUUGUUCGAGGCAUCUUUUAUGACCAUUCGAUUAUUGUGGAGUCUGCGGUGUUGAAUCUUGCGAACAAAGACGACCAGCUUAUAUUUGCGAAAAUGAUCAAACAAUUGCAUGCCCUUCCCCCAGUAGGCCUAGGACUGAUCCCAGGGUUGGAAGCACCCUUCAUGAAAGAUCCGGCUAGUCUCAAAUACGGACAGAAAUUACCCGAAUUCGAAAAAGCUAAAGGACCGCCUUCGAACGCAAUUUUUGAGAUCAAAGAGAUUGAGGAAGGAUCCACAUUCACCUUUCCCUACAAAGAUGGGACACGCACCGUCCAGCUCCAGCGCAUUCUCUUUCGUUCCCAUGGCAUCAUCGGUCGAGGGACUAUCGUCGUGCGAGUGGUGUGUGCUUGUACUCAUUGUGUUCCUAAUCAAUGCGACUGGAGUGGGAAGAAACUUGUUCUGAAGCUUAGCUUUCCUAGCGAAAGUCGAGUUCCUGAACAAGCUUUCAUGGAUCGCUGCAAAGAAGAAGCCAAAGGUGAUCAUGCCUGGGUUCUCAACCACUUGCCGGAUAUCUACUGCUCAUUCGAUAUUCCGUGCGGUGAACGUAGUCCACAGGCCAAUUUCAAGAAGAAGUUUGAGGACAAAUACGAGAUGCGUUUCCUACGGGGGUCAAUACAGGAAGAACUACAACCACUUUCGAGCCUGAAGACUGCGCUAGAAUGCGCACAAGUGUUCUAUGAUAUUGUACAAUGUCAUCAUUGGGUUCACACUUAUCCUCGAAUACUUCAUCGGGAUAUCAGCGACGGGAAUAUCAUGGUGCGCGUCAAAGAUGGGAAGAAAUAUGGAGUCUUGAACGAUUGGGACCUUGCAAUUUGGCUGGAUGAGCGAGACGUAAUUUCGACCUCGCAAUUUCGAACUGGCACCCGUCCUUACAUGGCUCAUGAACAACACUCGCCUGAUUGGGAAGGCCCGCAUCGGUAUCGUCAUGAUAUGGAGUCUCUCUUUUAUGUGAUUCUUCUCCUUGCUACCCUUUUCUCCAACCCUAGUGAGAAGGAUCAUGAACAUUCUAAGAAAAGGCAGCCCUAUACAAAGUGGUUUACCCAGGGUGAUGACUUUCUCCUUGACAAAAAAAUCAGUAUCAUUUUCAUUAUCUUAUGGCGACCCAACCUAACUCAGUUCUUCCAUGGGUUCUUGCAAUGGCUGGGAAGACUUCAGCAGUGCUUGUAUGAUGGCUUCACUGCAUACACAGGUUUUGUCAAACGACAAACAGACAAUCCACACCAAGUAUUACAUUUCAAUGACGACACUUUAGGAGGCCAUUUCUCAUAUGAUCGUCUUGUCUGGAUCAUGCAUCAAUUCAGCGAGGAAACACUUGAAACCCGUGGUUGUGAAUGGCAGAAAAAAUUGCGGGGACUUCAGAAAGACGAGGAUGAGAGGAAGAAAUGA